CCAGGACAAUGUGCUUGAAAAUAAGUUGAAAGAAGAAUAGGUUGGGAAGGUGAGAUUGCUGCUUUACAUUGGACUGUUAUCUUCCAUAUAAUGUACAAAAACAUGUUGACGUUAUCGGUAAUGGAAUAUUAUUUAGUCUAGUGGAACCUCUAAUUCUAAUGACGGAAGUAAGCAGUGUCUGCGCGUGCGUGCCUGUAAAAGCGUAAGUUGUGGCCUCUGGCCGUGUUGAUACUAUGAUACAUGUAGUGGUCAUUUGCUGUCAAAAUUUGUGAACGUACAGGUACACCUGUGCCGCGGCUAAUUAUCUUUUAAGCCAUGACAAAUCUGGAACAUCCGGUACGCAUAUUACUGAAAUGGUGUUCGUCUGCUACACAGGCACACGUGAAGGUUGAGCUGGAAAACGGGAUGAAACAAACGAUGUCGGAGCCUGGUGUUGUGUCGAGUCUCUUUUUAUCGUAUUCCAACUUUGUUCACGCUCUGGCUGGGGCAGUAGGUAGUGUUGUGGCUAUUACAGUCUUCUUUCCACUUGAUACAGCCCGGACCAGACUUCAAGUUGAUGACAACAGAAAAGCAAAGCAUUCUUAUGAACUUAUUUCUGAUAUAGCCAAAGAGGAAGGAGUUGUUGGUCUUUAUCGAGGUUUAUGGCCUGUGGUUACAUCUCUGUGGUGUUCCAACUUUAUCUACUUUUAUGCAUUUAAUGGCAUGAAGUCUGCAUUUCUAGGACGUUCAGGCAGGUCUGAUCCUAUCAAAGAUCUCACUCUGGGAUUUGUGGCUGGUGUCAUUAACACUGUGCUGACGACGCCCUUGUGGGUUGUGAAUACCCGUCUUCGCCUGCAGGGGGCCAAACUACAAACCAAAGACUACAAGUCAAAUGGUUUGAAAUACAAAGGAAUCCUAGAUUGUCUUUUGAAAAUUGCCAAACAUGAGGGCAUUUUAGCCUUGUGGAGUGGGACCUUGCCAUCUACGAUUCUUGCAUCAAAUCCAGCUAUACACUUUAUGAUUUAUGAGUUCAUGAAAAGAUACUUCCAGAAAGCAUAUCACACUGCUGAACUAAGUGGGAUGUUGUACUUCAUGAUUGGAGCAGUAGCAAAAGCCGUAGCCACUGUUGUAACAUAUCCAUUGCAAGUGAUACAGUCCAGACUCCGGGCUGGGUAUUCCCAAGUGGAGUCAACACUUUCCAUGUUGGACGCCAUUAUGCAUUUAACAAAAACUCAUGGGGUACAGUUUCUGUAUAAAGGAAUGGAGGCAAAGUUACUGCAAACUAUACUAACAGCUGCACUGAUGUUUGUAGCCUAUGAGAAGAUUGCUGCCUUCAUAUUCCAUAUGUUAGGAGAACAGCUUGUUAUACCAAAGAGAUGAUUAGUCUUUUUAGUUUUCAUAACUUGACCUGCAAUAUAUUCAGUUCUGUAUUAUUUUGCUGAUUGAGAUUCAGUGGUAUUGCUACAACUCAUCAUGUCAAGAAUAGAUUGUGCAUAGCAUAUUUUUAUUUAUUAAUAAUCAGAGCUCAUUUCAUCAUCCUUUGACACUCCAAUAACUAAUGUAUUUUUCAUGUUGGGAUGUCGUUAAACAUUUAUUUAUUCUUUGUUUUCAUGAUAUGUUGUCCUGGAUACAGCAAAACCACCAAUUAUGCAUUUUCAUCAUAAAUGAUUAUCAUUUUAGGCAUAUUAUACUACAUAUGGUGUAAUAUGCCUCAAUCAUACUUGACGAAGACUUACAUUUAUGAAUCAAAUAUUUGUAUUUUUUCUUGAUACAUCAAAUCUACUUUUGCCUAACGUGCUAAUAUAGACGGUGUACCCCAGGUAUAUUUUUCAUAUAGAAUUAGGACUUGGUACAUUCAUGUCCUGGGCUUGCCCCAUCAUAUUUUCAUUAUUUAGUUUGAAAAUAAUAAAGCAGUGGUCAUGUGCCGUAUUUUGUUUGUAAAGUGAAUAAUUAUUGUACAAGUUGUUUUUGUUCUUUGGUUUGUUUUAGUGGUUUUGAGAAGCAUACAUAAUUAUUAUUAAUCCUGUCACUUUGGAAGUCUGUUGUACUAGUCGGGCUAAGAAGAAAUAAGGCAAGAUGCAGGUAUUACUUGUCUGACAGCGUUAACUUUUGCAUAUAGUUGUACCUAUGGAUGUUCAUCACAGUGCACCAAACUAUUUCAUGGUAGAUGAGACAUUCAGUUCUGCUGAAGUAUUGUUUUAAUUAAAGUUUCAAAUUAGUUUUAUUAGCUAUGGCUAUUGUUACAGCAUUUUGAAAUAUCACACUCUAGUCAAACUGAUAGAUUGGUUUUCUCAUUAAAGGUACUAUGUCAAAGUUUAUUAAUUUUUGCUUUGAAUCAUAAAGUUAUACCUUCAGCUAUAUGCCUAUAAAACAUCACAACCAAAUAAUUCCAUAUAUUAAUAGAAUUUUUAGUUUUUAAAGAGAAAAAUCUUGAGUGUCACGCACAUUAACUAGUGAAGUCACUGUUUUUGCAUACAUAUUAAGUUUACCCAAAAUUCUUUGCGGUCAGAUAACAAAAGAAACAAAGAUGGUGGCAAUGCUGUAUUUAGCCAAAUAUUAUUCGGGAAACCCCUUUUUGUCAUCCAGAAAAAUACUUUUUAAAAUUGUCAUUCUAGAGUUAAUUAUGGAAAGAUUAUGUGUGGGAUUGAUUAAUUUGUAGUUAUUUAUUACAAAUACAGUCAAGCACCGUUGUGUCAAUCUUGUGGGGACCACAUAAAAAUACUGAGUUAACCAAAUAUUGACUCAAACAUUCAGUUAAAUAUGUAAAGAAAAUGUAACAAACAAGAAAUAUCAUAUUUAAAUACGAUGUACAUGUAUACAUUUUUUUUCACUGAAUCGUACAUUUGAAAAAUUAAUUAUUUUAGCCAGUGCAAUCAAUCAAUCAUACCGCUGUACACAUGCUGAACAAAGUUAAUAAUCUUUUACAUUUUCUACAAAUUGUGGAAUUAAAAUCAUUGUGUAUCUUAUUACAAUCUGAUUUUUUGUUUUAACAGACUUUAAUUUAGAAGAAAGUUUUAAUAACAAAGUACAAUUACACAAGUUGUUUUGUGGAAUAACAAAUAAAAACAUCCAACUCUUAAUUCACAAAGCUCAGUAAUAAUGUUUGUUGCAUACUGGGUCAUUGCCUCAAAGCUGCAGUGCUAAAAUUUUAAUUCUGGCAUUGACACUCGACAUUGAUAUAAAGAGGAAGGUGGACGCCUUGUCAUUUUCAGUGACAAUUUCUGAAUUAUAUUCAGAUAUACAUGUAACAGGGACACAGGCAGCUAACACCUCUGACAAUGCUGUUGUCUGACAUGGGGGCAUAGGUGGUAGGCUAUCGUCAGCACAUGCAUAUUCCACUGAAGUCACACCAUUGGUUACUAGGUGUGACAAUGUAACAUUGUCUUCUGGGUCACUUUCAUACUUCAAAUCUCUUGACUCAGUUGGUCUAAUAAAGCUAGCAUAGCGGAAACAGUGGUGUCACUAAAGAAACAGCAAGAUUGUUGCCAUCUUUGUUAAUUAAAAUCUAAUUAAGCUAUCAAGACAAAUCAAUCCUACUUUUACCAGUCCUCAAUGUCUCAAAGCCACAAGUCAUGUGACUAAUUUAAUUCUGUAACGAUCGUAAUCUGCUAGCGUUUUCUUUUUUAAGUUUGAUGAGACCUUUUAAUACAUUGUUCAAUGUUUUAGAUGACGUUCAUUCAUCUCACAUGUGAACUGUUGGUCAUUACAAAUCAUAUUUGUUUACAGUCAAAAGUCAGGAACUAUUUUUGUUGUUGGUACAUGCUCACAAUAACAGUACAGCGUUGAAUUAUAUCACGCAAUACAUGUCUACAUUAUUAAAUAUUUAAUUUAUUUUAACAUGUUAUAUUAAUAUCGACACAUACAGAAUUUUUUUCAUAUAAAACUCUGUAAGUUGGGACCUAAAAGUAUAUCAACACUAAUGUAAUAUAAACUCAAUCGUAUCGAUUCAACCGAAGUGAGAACAUGAUAGUUAAUACAAAGUUUGGCUGGGACAAGCCAGUCAUAUUGACACAUAUCGACUCCAGCAAUAUCGACACGAGUGCUCCACUGUAAAUGUGAAUAAAAUGAAAUAUUUUAGUUUUAGCUUUGACAUAGGACCUUUAAAGGUGCAAACCAUUUUCAUUAGCUAUGACUACAGUGUAUAUUUUGAAAUAUCAGUGCUCAAUGAUGUAGAUAUUACCACUACUUCACAGUGGUAUUUGCUGUCCUGUUUGUGACAAAGUGCAUUGAAAAGAUGCCAUGCUGUUAAUUAGUAGGUGUAGUCCAUAUAGGAGCACUGAGUUUUCUUUUCAGUCCUAGUUGCUGUUUUAAAUUUGUGGUAUAUCAACUGGAUUGGCUCCCUUGGAAAUGUGUUUGUCACUUCUGGAGUGGUUCAGAUUUCCUAUGGACAAUAUUGAAAAUUUAAUGCAUUGUACAAGUAAAAUUCAUCAUGGCAAAUAUUGGUAAAUGCCAAUAUUUUAAAUAGAUAAAGCUAACAUAUAUUUUAACGAAUAUCCAGUCAAACCUGUCAUGUCAAUGCACCUGUAAUAAGCGGUCACCUGUCUAAGGCAGCCAGCGGCCACCUAAAUCGGGUCCCAAAUCGCUAAAAUACCUGUAUUAAACGGCCACAGUAAAGUUUUACUAUUAUAUAAAAGGGAUAUUUUAACAACAGUGAUAAGAUGCAGCAAAUAACAGAUCUUCACACCUUCAGGAAUAUUAGUACCCAUUCAGUCCUGACAUCUCUACUGUGUAUCAAUUAAGAAAGUAUGACUCUGGAAUGCAUCUACGCUACGCUUGACAUUUGUAGAUUCACAUACUA